UCCAUAUUGGCGCCGGUAAAUGUGCCACGGUAUGCCAAGUAUCCGCUGGGUAAUGGGCAGCCAUAUCAUUUACUGGAGGUCAUUCAAUCGCAUCCACAGCAUUUUAGCGAUGCUAACAAUAUUCUAGCCGGCCGACGUCUAUCAGAUGCCUCAAUGCAAAGUACUAUUUCUGGUCUAAUUGAAAAUGUAUCGCUAAGUACAAUCCACUCACUCCAAAUGAAAUGGUGGGGCACAAAGCGUUUAGAUUACGCUUUGUAUUGCCCGGAAGGCUUGAGUAAUUUUCCAGCUCAUGCCUUGCCGCAUCUAUUCCAUGCUAGUUACUGGGAAAGUGCGGAUGUAAUUGCGUUCGUUCUGCGCCAGAUUGGCAAAUUCGAUGGCAUUCCAUUUGUCGGCUCUGCCGAUGACAAAGACACAGUCACCUUCCAUCCAAGUCAGCCACGUGAGAAAUGGAUGAAGAAACGCACUUCAGUGAAACUGAAAAAUGUCGCUGCUAAUCAUCGCGCCAACGACGUUAUAGUUUUAGAGGGACGAGAACAACGCCUCAAUGCACGUUUCAUGUAUGGCCCUCUCGAUAUGAUUACUUUGCACGGCGAAAAGGUCGAUAUACAUCUAAUGAAAGAUCCACCAGCUGGCGAAUGGACAUUCCUUGCCACCGAGCUGACCGAUAAAAAUGGCCGCAUUGCAUAUACCAUUCCCGAACAAGUCGCAUUGGGCUAUGGCAUCUACCCGGUGAAAAUGAUAGUGCGCGGCGAUCACACAUCCGUUGAUUGCUAUGUAGCCAUAGUGCCGCCAAUGACUGAAUGUGUAGUCUUUAGUAUUGAUGGUUCCUUUACGGCGUCAAUGUCGGUGACGGGGCGUGAUCCGAAGGUACGCGCUGGCGCUGUUGAUGUCUGUCGCCAUUGGCAAGAGUUGGGCUACUUGUUGAUCUACAUUACCGGACGGCCGGAUAUGCAACAGCAGCGGGUGGUAUCAUGGCUAAGCCAGCACAACUUCCCACAUGGGCUGAUCUCAUUCGCUGAUGGAUUACUCACUGAUCCACUUGGUCACAAGACAGCAUACUUGAAUAAUUUAGUGCAGAAUCAUGGAAUCUCAAUUGUGGCUGCUUAUGGUAGCAGCAAAGAUAUAACUGUUUACGCAAAUGUUGGUUUGCGGGCCGAUCAGAUAUUCAUUGUGGGCAAGGUUAGCAAAAAGUUGCAAUCGAGUGCCACGGUCUUGAGUGAUGGUUACGCUGCACAUUUAGCUGGUCUACAGGUAGUGGGCGGUUCUCGUCCUGCCAAGGGUAAUGCGCGCAUGGUAAUACCGCGUGGCUGUUUCAAUUUACCUGGCCAGGCAUCGAAUCCACGUCGCAGAAGGCUGCAUGAGCAACCGGAUGCUUUAAUGUAAAUUGCGAAUGUCACACCUUUGUCUCGUACUCACCAAAACCACCACCACCAACAACAACAACAACAACAACAACAACAAUAAGAUCAUUGUAUGCGAAACGCAAGUAAAAAGCAAAAACAAUCAAAGCUACAACAACAACAAACUAGCAAGCAAAUAAAUCA